GGAAGCUCAGUCGUUAGGUUACUGGACACUGUCAGCCCCGUUGUUAGAGCGAUGUGUUGCCGCUGAGGGAAGGGCUACGUCGGAGCUGGAAUUUAGCACGAACGGGACAACAAAAUGUACGAGGAGGACGUCCCCUGUAAAACGAAUAGGGAAUAUUAAGGUGUCAGCCUCUAUCUUCCAGUCUGCAUAUGUACUUCAUCCUGAAUGCUGGUCCAGGAGGAACCCUCCACAGCAUGUUAUUGUAAAGAGAGAACAUAUUAGGGCAGGAUGCAGUCUUCAAACCACCGACUGCGAGAUAUGGAGCAGCACCACCCACUGCUGUCGACAGGGGCAGAUGUGGAGACAGGGAGCCUGGCAGCUGGAGUGAUGGUCGGGGGUCCCCACGCGGGCCAUGCUGCAGGAAACCGCACGCUGUGGUUCAUUCAGGACAGUUGUGGGAUGGUGUGCGCGGGCAUGACCUGGUUCCUGGUGCUGUACGCUGAAUUCGUAGUGAACUUUGUCAUGCUGCUGCCCAGCAAGAGCUUCUGGUACUCGCUGCUGAACGGUGCCACCUUCAACUCGCUGGCUGUGCUGGCAUUGGCCUCACAUCUGCGCACCAUGUUGACUGAUCCGGGUGCAGUUCCUAAGGGCAAUGCAACCAAGGAGUACAUGGAGAGCUUACAGCUGAAGCCUGGUGAGGUCAUCUACAAGUGCCCAAAGUGCUGCAGCAUUAAGCCUGAGAGGGCACACCACUGCAGUAUUUGUAAAAGAUGCAUCCGGAAGAUGGAUCACCACUGUCCCUGGGUCAAUAACUGCGUAGGAGAAAAGAAUCAGAGAUUCUUUGUACUUUUCACUAUGUACAUAGCAUUGAUUUCUGCCCAUGCCCUGGGCCUCAGUGGGAUGCACUUCUUCACCUGUAUUAAAGUCCAGUGGAAUGAGUGCAGUGACUUCUCCCCAGGGGUGUCGGUGCUGCUGCUGAUCUUCCUCUGUCUCGAAGCAGUCCUCUUCCUCACUUUCACAGCUGUCAUGUUUGGUACACAGAUCCACUCCAUCUGCAAUGAUGAGACGGAGAUUGAACGUCUUAAAAAUGAGAAGCCUACAUGGGAGCGUCGCAUGAGAUGGGACGGAAUGAAAACUGUGUUUGGCGGGCCGCCCUCCCUUUUGUGGUGCAACCCAUUCACAGGCCUGCGUCUGCGGCGUCUGUUGCUGUUGACCCACGGUCGCCGCAGCGGAUCAGAGUUCUCUGUCUGAGAGGAGGGCAGACUGAUGCUGAGGCUGCUCACCAACACUCGACCGUCGCUAAUGCAGGACUUCUUGUACGCCCUCCUUAGCUGGAGCUAAUAUGGACCACUGCUCCCUGAGGCUGUCCUUCAUGUGUGGGUGACAGGGGGUACAAGCUGCUUCAGUUGGGCCCCAGCGCAUCGCAACCCCCACUGAAAGUUAGUACUGUCACUUGCGAAUGCUGAUGUGAACCCGACAGCUUUGGUCUGCUAAUUAAGUGGACUGUUGUCACUAAUGUGAGCAGCUUUUUUGGUUUGUUUGUGUGUUUUUAGGUGAAGCAUGCAGUAUGUAACUCAAGUGAGUCUUUAAUUCCUCGUGAGACCAUCCGAGGUGCAGUUUGAACUCAACUCGUGCACCUUCAGUCAACAUCUUCAGCAGUUGUUUUUUUUUCUUUGCUGCGCACAUGAGAUUCAAGAGUUGAGAGUGAAUUUUUUUUUGAGGCAGAAUCAGCUACAUGUCUCUCAUCAUCACUGGACCCAGACAAGAGGAUCUCGAUGGGAAAAUGCUUGAAAACUGCUCAAAUGGACCCAGACAAGGGAAUGGACAGUCAAGGACAUGCGCUACUUACAUGGCCCUUGAGAAAAGGUUUGAAUAUGGAGCACAGUGGACAUCAGACAUGGGACUGCGCUACCUUGAUUUGCAUGUAUAACAGCUCAAUCAGUCAGCAUCUCGGCCAGGAAAUGAGGCUUUCACUAUCUUCAAAUGAACACAAGCCUCAUUCUUAUUCAAGAGGACUGAGUGGCUAUCUGUUCAUCUCCUGUUUGUCACUCCUUGGGCUGAAUUGGGUAGAAACUUAUUUUCCCCUUUUUAAAUUUCAUCACUUUACCUUUCACGAUCAUGACCGCUCCUCAAAAGUUGACGAUAAUGACUCACUGGAGAUGACUGCUGUUAUUCUGAUUCUUCAUUUAGAUUAACAAAAAAACAAAAAACAAAAAAAAACACCCAUUUUGUAUUAGUUGUAUGUAUGUGUCCAUAAUUUGCCAUUUUAUGACUCCUACAUGCUGCUCCAAGUCUCAUUCUGUGCAAACCGUCAGUGUUCCUCCCCCCCGGACCACUCAUAUGCCUCUCUGUGUUUUCAUAACAAAGUGAUUCAGGUUGAACAACUCUGGCUGCUGAAAAGACUGAUUGUUUUCAAGUUUGAAUGGUCAUUCACUUUUUAUUUUUCAGCGUGGAAGACUGGACCAUCACUCUGACUGGAAGGCCACCUCUGUGUAUAAUAGGAAUCCUUAUGCAAGAACAGCUGGAUUACACUUCAUAGCAUUUAAACUCUCAGAAAACAACCUUACAAACCCCUCGAGACAGAGCCAAGUCUCAGACACGGCGGCUUUUCAUGCUCCACAUUUUGAGAAGGAGAACUUAAAACACUAGCACAGCCUCUUCUGGCUCGUUGUGAGCUCAUUCUGACCCACAGAGCCAAGCGCUAUUGUGCAGUCAGCCUGUAGAAUUAAAAAGGAACUGCUUCUCUGAAAGGGGCUGAGGUACCGGGCUCAUUGUACAAGCUUUAAUACUGAACAAAGUCUCGGGGAACUCAGCAAAUGCUUGCAAAGCCUUUCCUACUUUACUCCAGAAAUUUCAGGCCUGCAACAUCUAGUGGUAGGACGGUAGCAGAAACUCUCCCAGUGUUAUCAGAACAUGUAUUCAUGCCUUUAAAAUCAUUCUGUCAAGUGAAUUUAUCAGCUUGGAAGUAUUUUUUGCAGUUGUUGCUAUAUUUAUCAAAGUGUUUUUUCCAUUCUGUGACAACUUGUCUCCUAUUUUUUACAUAAUCAACAGGCCUGUUUUGCACUGGAAUAAUGUGGCUUUUUGAAUCUCGAGUUCAGGGUUUAAAGUCAAGUCCUGACCGAUGGGCUGGUAUUGUCGAAAUAUUGUCAAAUCAAGAUUCUCAAAGUCAUAUUGUUAUCGCGUGUUGGACAAUAUACUGCUGUUUGUUCUCACCUGUGGUUGCCAGGAGAAGGAACUCCGUCUCCACUGUUUACACUAAAUGAUUAUAUCUGAUGCUCUAUGGCUAUAAUGUUUUAGAAACAUGCUGUCAUUAGAAUGUAAAACUUCUCUACUUUGGGACAAAGGGACAUAGCACUAAAAGCUAACUGUUAUCAGGGGAUUUUAUUAAUGCUGGCGUCUCGUGUCUCCUUUAUUCUGCUGGACUGCACCUGCUUAGCAAGAGAAUACUAUCUCUUUAAAACAAUGUCAUAUUUUCUCUGAAUAUAGCAAAUCCCUUAUCCUAACAUGCUCGAUGUAUUGCUUAAUUUCUGAGGUGCAAAAUGAAGAGGAGUCAAGUUUUAGCCAAACACGCAAUCAUAUCCAAGCUGUUUAUCAUACAUGUGUAUAAAACAGGAAGAUUUAUGCUCUUAAGUUUGGCAGGUGCACACAUGUGUUGCCAUUCAUGCAAAAGCUAUCAUCAGGAAAUAGUUGCAGGUUAUGGUGGAUAGAUUGCAUCAGGAGCCAGUAAGAGGCAUAGAGUCUAAUAAACACAAAAUAUCAUAGAGUAGAAGAAAAUAUCUGAAGAAGGAAAACAUUGCUAAACCUUGAGUUGUAUUUGUAGGAAGCAGCAGAAUAUCGGAGCUAAUUAUGGAUUGACAAAUAUUGCUGUGUUGUUGACUGAGUGUAAGUAUUUGGUGUUGGCUGGUCUAGUAUUGCACUGGCAAUAUUUUGGGAUUUGGUUGAUGUAUUUCACAAAUGGAUAGUCCUGUAAGAUGUCCAUACUCGAAUGCUGUGAUCCUUUCCUCUUAUAUUGGUUUUCUCUCACAGGGUAUGCAGUUUUACAUUCACGCUCAUCAACAGAAUCAACGAAUGAUGAAGUUUAAAUGGUUAUACCGGUAUUGUCCCCAUUUUCUGCUGUACGACGUAAAAAGAAUACAAUCACCGUGGGGACAGGAUUGUGUGAGACUGCAAAAACAUGUGUGGCUCAAUACAACACUAUUCUGUCAAACACUUUUUCUAACUCCAGUUGGCAUUAAAAGGAGAUUUAGGCAGAAAAUGCAGGACAAAUAACAUUUUGUGAAGUAUAAAAUGAUUCUCAAAAGGAUGGAUGUUUGACCACAGAGUUACCACUAACAUUGUCACACACAGUCAAGAAAGGUUUUGUUUCCUCAAGAACAAAAGUCCUUCAGCUUUAUAAACAAAAUAUAAGGGUUGCUAUUAACAAUAUAUAAAUGGAAUGUUUUAUUAAGUUUUUUUAUUAUUAAUGUGUCAUAAUCUUAUAAUGUCAUAUCUUUAAUGUCAUUCUUUUACAAAAUAAACUUGAUUAAAUUAAA